AUGGUCGUUAAUGGUGAAUUAGUGGCUCAGCUUAUUAAGAAAAAAGUUGAUUGUAUGAGUGAAAAAUGGGAAAAUGCAUUGAUUAUUUAUGUUAUUUGUCAAAACCCUAGUUUGAUGGCCAUAACUAAGUACUGUAAAACUCAAUGGGCACCCAAAUGUGAGUUUAAAGUUUUUAAACAUGAUGAAGGUUAUUAUGUUGUAAAUCUAGAAACAAGGGAGGAUAGGGAUUCAACAUUGUAUUUUGGCCCUCAUUUGUUUUUUGGGAAAGCCAUGAUAGUGAAGCAAUGGACUGCAAAUUUCAAUUUCCAUAAUGAAGUGUUAAGGGUAGUUCCUAUUUGGAUUAAACUUCUAAAUUUACCUCUUAAUUGCUGGUGUCCAGAAUCUUUGAGUAGAAUAGGAAGUGCUGUAGAGGUUCCUAUUUAUGCUGAUGAGUGUACCACUAAGCAAUUGAGGAUAUCUUUUGCGAGAAUUUUAGUGGAAAUGGAUGUAACAGUUACUGUGCCUCAUGAAAUAAACAUUGCGGAUUCAGAAGGGGUUACAUUUAAGCAAAAGGUAGUGUAUGACUGGUUGCCUCAAUUUUGUCAGAAGUGUCAAAAAGUAGGACAUUCGUAUGAAAGGAAGGCUGGGCCUACUACAAUGAAAAAGGUGACACAAAAGUGGGUUGAAAAAAGAAACACAGUCUUUCAGGAGGAGGCUGUUGUGAUUACUGAUAAUGAACUAAUUCCCAUGGAAAUGCUUUAG